AUGUGUCGGGAACGAGCCGAUGCCGUGCUGACGAUCGACACAUUUCUUCGAUCAAUUCAAGAUGUCGACAAGCGGAUACGAGAUAUUAAUAAACAGGUCGACAAAUUGCAACGAUUUUGCGAUCAAACCGAGCAGGCGAUCACCCACUUGGAUGGACUGUGCAUGGUGGCGACGGCUGAAUCCGAGGUGGAGCUGAUCCAGGAUCGAGCCCGAGUCAUCUCCAGCUUGGCCCCUCCUACCACACCGCCACCCAGCGUUUUUCCAUGUGAGUUUAACUUUUCCAAUGAGCUUUCUCACUACCGUACUCCUUUCCCCUACACACCAGCCGUCCAAGCCUCGGAUACGGUACGCGCGCAGCAAGAGGAGGUGAUGCUCGAGGAAUUCCUCUCAAAACCAAUGCGCCCCUACCUCGACCAAUUCUGCCAGCUGCCCAAUCAGGGAUACAUUGUGUGCAUCAUUGGACCGAUGUUCAGCGGGAAAACGACCGAGCUGAUCCGAAUCCACGACCGUUACAAGAUUGCCAAGAAGAAGUGUGUGUUGGUGAAAUAUGAUGGGGAUAUGCGAUACGAUGCACACCACAUUACCACCCAUCAACAACAAAAAGCCCUGGGAUGUACCGUAGUUGCCCAUCGACUGGCCGACGUACGCGAGACGCUCUUUGACGAGGACGUCGAAGUUGUGGCGAUCGAUGAGGGGCAAUUCUACGACGACCUGGCCUCUACCUGUGAACAGCUUGCUGCCGAUGGGAAGAUUGUCAUCGUCGCGGCCCUCAAUGGAGAUUUCAUGAGACGGCCGUUCGCCGAGGUGUCCAAGCUGAUAUCGUUCUCCAACGACGUCCGGAAUCUGUCGGCUGUUUGCAUGCGCUGUGGCACGGAUGCAUCAUACACAUUCAGGAACACCAAAGAAACACAGGUCGAAGUCAUCGGCGGCUCCGACACGUAUCAAGCUCUCUGCCGUGCCUGCUAUUAUGCAUCUUCAAUUGCUAAGUGCCACGACACGUGCUCCAAGCCCAACCGCCGCACCUGCAAUGGA